UCUCUCACACACAACAAUGAACCAUCAUCAUGUAUUGAUGAUGCUUGCAAUCAUUCUUCUUGGUUGCCUCACACCCGCAUGCCCUCCCCACUCUCUCUCUCUGUCUCCUCCCAUUUCUCUUUCUCUCUUCGUACACACAAUCCCCCUAUAUAUAUCUUCCCUCCCCUCACUCCUCUCUCCCACCACCCUGUAGUCCAUUCUUCAAUCUUCAAUCUUCAUCACAAUCUCAAUCCUAUUCAUAUAUUCAUUUCCAAUUCUAUCUAAAACUAGAUAGUCUAUCUCCAAUGGCAGUUUCUGGGUUUGAAGGUUUCGAAAAACGACUCGAGCUCCAGUUCUCUGGCGAUGAUCCGGCUGGGCUCGGACUUCGCCAACUGGAAUUCGAGUCAUUAGAAAAAGUACUACAUGCUGUGCAAUGCACUGUAGUGUCGGCGGUUGGAAAUCAAUAUUUCGACUCGUACGUACUAUCCGAGUCGAGCCUUUUCGUGUACCCCACAAAAAUCAUCAUCAAGACAUGUGGGACCACCCAGCUGUUGAAAUCUAUCCGUCCCUUGCUAAACUAUGCUUGUGAUUUGGGUCUGAUCCUAUGCGGGUGUAGGUACACCCGAGGCAGCUUCAUUUUCCCAAAUUCCCAACCCUACCCUCACACUAGCUUCAGAGAAGAGGUCAUGUACUUGGAAGAGAGCUUGCCAAGUCAUCUUUGCUAUAGAAAAGCAACGGUCAUGCCAUCGAAGCUAUCAUCUCAUUCAUGGCAUGUGUUCACUGCUAGUGACGACGAGGAGUCUCACUCACACAUGCCUGAGGAGUCAUAUACCAUUGAAGUCUGCAUGACCGAGCUCGACCAUGUGCUUGCUAGGAAAUUUUUCCGGCGGCCCAAUGACGGUAAAUCCGGUGACUCGGCCGGGAAAGAGAUGACGGAGAUAACGGGUAUCGGCGAAAUCAACCCAAAUGCUAUUAUAUGUGACUUUGCGUUCGAUCCGUGCGGGUAUUCAAUGAAUAGCCUUGAUGGCGACCGGUACUCCACAAUUCACGUCACGCCGGAGGAUGGAUUUAGCUAUGCAAGCUUCGAGUGCGUUGGGUCAAUUUAUGACCACCGCAACAAUCUUGUCGAGGUGUUAAAGAAAGCAGCGCUAGUUUUUCGGCCGGCGACAAUGUCAGUGUCGAUAACAUGCGCUGAGCACGAGGUCUGGACACGUGUUGCUGCCGCCCUAGAGCCGCUCGGAUGGAAAUGCCGGAGUUGCGCAGUGGACGAGUUCCCAACCAUUGGGAACGUCAUAUUCCAGACAUUUACUACUCGUCGAAAGUAAAAUUUAAUAGUGACAGCAGCGACGAUGAUGAUGGUGGUGAUAACAGUAAAUACAUUAAGAAGUUUAAAAGAGAAGAGAGAGGGAGCAGGGAGUUUUUAGGGUUUAAUUAGUUUUAUUUUUUUAAAUUAGGGCUCAUGAUGGAUGGAUGCAUGGUGAUGUUGAUGCAUGUAUGGUGGGUAGAUGAUGAUGGAUGUGAGUACUAGAAUGAUAGAAGUGGUGAAAUUUGGGGAUUGGAAGGUAUAGCUGAUGAUGAUGAUAAUGAUAAUUGGUAGGCAUGCAUCAAAAAAAAAAAAAAAAAGAAAUAUCUAAAAAAAAAAAAAAAAAAAAGAUGGUGUGUUUGGGGGGUUUUUCAUCAUGAUCAUGAUAAUGCACCCCACUUAGUUUUGUCACGCCUAAGUGAAUUCUUAGAGGUUUGUGCAAUAGUGGAGGAGGAAAAAAAAAAGUUUUCAUGUUGAGAGGUUAUAUGAACUCUCUCUCUCUCUCUCUCUCUCUCUCUCUCUCUCUUAGUUUUGAUUUUGUCCUUUUCCUAUUUCUUUCUUGUCAUUUUCUUGUAAUUUCUUGCUCCCCUCUUGUCUCUUUGUUUUUGCAUUUCAGCACUUUAAAGAGGAAAAAAGAGAAAUUUAUACAUUUUGUAGUA